AUGACGAGGACAUUGUCUGAGAUGGCUCUUUGCGGGAUAAACGCAGACUGGUUCUCCGAAAUCAUGGCGUUGAGGACUGGUUGUAGUCUCACGAUGAGAAUCUUAGAGAUCAUUUUGAAGAUACCCGUUGAGAAGAACGCCUGUAUCUCUGUUAUGAUUUUCGAUCUCACUGUGUCCCAAUUCUCUUGGAAAUAUCCUGCUGAGAAGCCAUCCGGUCCUGGGGCUUUGUCCAGAUUUAUUGCAAAGCAUGCUUGUUUGAUCUUCUCAUGUGUCAGGAUUGGAAUCAGCCUGUCAUUUACUUCCUUUGUUAUGCCCGGUCUUUUGGAGCACUUUGGAGCAUUGGGACGUGAGGAGCAAGGAAGGACUUGGUGCAUGGACGCAGCUCAACUGGACACGCAAAGGAAGAAGGAGGAAGUCAUCUUGAAGUCAGCUCGACCACCUACUCGACCAUCCGGUCGAGUUCCUCAACUCGACCGGCCAAGCUUCAACUCGAUCGAGCUGAGAAGUCAACAGUCAAACCCGAAAAAUGUUGCUUCCCCCUUGACUUCCCUUUGA